AACUCGGGUCGAGUGCUGACUGCUAAGGCUCAAUUCCAGCACCCGACCUUGGGCGGUGCCGACGACGGCUCACCUAAUGCGCGCAUCAGUGCAUGUUGAUGCUUGCCUUUGUCAAUCAUUGAUAUCCCGGCUCUGUCCUGGCCACGCCGCCAUCCCACCAACAGCCACUCGUUUCCCAUGCGGAGAGCGGACCUGAUUGAGCGUCGUCACCGCCGCUCCGGACUGGGGCAGACUCCGGAGACGAAGAGGAAAACGCGCCCCGCGAGGACCAGAACCGAAGCCUAAUCCAGAAGCCCGACAGCCGGACAAGAGGCCACGCCCGAUACGAGAACGAGCCGAGCCGAGCCGAGCCCUCACUUCUCCCUCCUCGACCCCUCCCUCGCCCGCGCCCACGAUGCUCCGACAGCUGAGAAGACGACUGCCGCGGCGGACGCACCCGCUGGUGAGGCUCUCGCUCUGGCUGGCGGUGCCGCUGCUGCUGGAGAUGCUCUGGCACCAGCGGACCUACAACGUGCCACGGCCGGAGCGGGAGCUGGACGAGCCCUUUUUGGGAACGGCGGGGUGCCAGGACCCCGAGGCGGCGGCGGCGGCGGGGCAGGGGCGCGAGAAGGCGGCGCUCGUGAUGCUGGCACGCAACUCGGAGCUGGAGCAGGCGCGGCACACGGUCGAGUCGGUCGAGCGGCGCUUCAACCGCUGGUUCCACUACCCGAUAGUGUUUUUGAACGACGAGCCCUUCUCGGACGCCUUCGUCGAGGCCCUCAACGCCACGGCCAGCGGCGGCGCCCGCUUCGAGACCAUCCCCGCCGACCAGUGGACGUUCCCGCCCUGGGUGGACCCGGCGGCCGCGCGGGCCAGCAUCGCCGACCAGGGUGCCCGCGGCGUCUCGCACGGCGGGCUCGAGGGCUACCACCACAUGUGCCGCUUCUUCUCGGGCAAGUUCUACACCCUGGAGGCGCUGCGCGGGUACCGCUGGUACUGGCGGCUCGAGCCCGACGUCGACUUCACGUGCUCGAUAACGUACGACCCCUUCGCCGAGAUGGCCAGGCGCGGCAAGAAGUACGGCUUCACCAUCUCGCUCUGGGAGGAGCGCGACACGUGCCCGAGCCUGUUCCGCCACAUGGCCGACUGGAAGGAGGCCAACGGGGUCGAGACCACGCCGCUCUGGAAGGCGGCCGUGCAGGCCUCGUGGGCGCCCUGGCCGCUCCGCCGCCUGGGCGCGUGGCUCUCGCAGCGCGACCGCCUGGGCGACCUGUGGAGCGCGUGCCACUACUGGAGCAACUUUGAGAUUGCAGACAUGGACUUCUUCCGCGGGAAGCAGUACCAGGACCUGUUUCAGCACUUGGACUCCAAGGGGGGCUUUUACUUUGAGCGGUGGGGAGACGCGGCGGUGCACUCCAUCGCCGUCGAUAUGCUGCUCGACUCGGCGCAGGUGCACCACUUUGCCGACAUCGGGUACCGCCACGACAGCCUAUACCAGUGCCCCGCCAACGCCGCCGGCGGCCAGCUGCAGGGCAACCGCGCGCUCGGCGACGACGACAAGUGGGCGCCCGAGGCCGAGGGCGGCGUCGGCUGCCGGUGCGAGUGCGACGGCAGGGCCAGGUCGCGCAACCACCCGGGCUACUGCCUCAACAAGCUCAAGGCGCCCAACACCAGGAGCAGGCCGUGGUUCACCUGGUUUCUGUGAGGGGGCCAAGGUGGAUGGGGCGGGGGAGAGGGAGGGGGGGAUGCAGGGGACGCCUCUUGUAUAUUGGAGAGCUCCCUCUCAUUUUUCUUUCUUUUUUCUUAUACAUAGAUGCCCCAUACAGUAUAGAAGGCACACGCAUCACCUACCGCCUGUAAUUUCUACCUCUUAUGCUAUUCAGCCUAGGCCGGGGCUACACGCGGCUCUUGGAUACAUGCAAUAAUACCGGGUUCCUCGAC